GACGUGCAGAAUUAUCGCCAGCAUCGUCACCACAGACGUACGCUACGGCCAAGCAACCGCAGGUGGUGCUUUGAACAUCCUGCCGGGCCUGGCAUUCUCCCUGAUGGUGCUAAGAGUCGCUGCGGUCUGCUUUUGUCAGCUCCACAUCUGCUGUGGCCUGGAGCUCGCUAUUGACAGCUUUGGGCUUCGGCUGUUCCGAGACAUGGACAUGGAGAAAGCCUUGGAAGACUGGAACCUCGUGCAGGCGACGCUGCGGCAAGCGAGCGGGAAGAUCAGCAGCUCGCUGUCCUUUCUGGGCAUUGCCUGCUUCGGGUCUCUGCUCUUCCUGGCAGAGCAGCUGCUCAACGAGCCGGAGCUGCUGCA